CGACGCCGACCGCGGUGUCCGUGACGCAGACCCCGCUGCUUGGCGGCAGCGCGCCGAGCGCCGAUCCCAUCGUGCCCGAUGAAGGUUUGGAUGUGUUCAAGGAGACCCCCGAGAGGAUCGCGUCCGAGCAAAACCUGUCCAACUUAACAUAUGAUAACCACGACUUCUACAACAGCUCGUUCAUCGGCAAUCCGGAGUUCUUCAAGGACUACUGGUCCAACAUCACCAUCAACAAGGCUGAGGUUCACGAGGUGCUCAGCAACUCUCAUCGCAGGGCCACUUCGAUACAGUUGAGUUUCGACUUCCCGUUCUACGGGCACAACAUCCGCAACGUGACGGUCGCGACCGGCGGCUUCAUAUACACGGGCGAGCACGUUCACAACUGGCUCGCGGCCACGCAGUACAUCGCGCCGCUCAUGGCGAACUUCGACACCAGACUCACCAACGACAGCAAGAUCAAGCUCUUCGAUGAUGGCGAGAAGUUCACCGCGUUCUGGGAGAACGUGACUCUACAAGAAGACGUCGCUAAGAAGUUCACAUUCGCCGUCACCCUGUACAAGAGUGGGGACAUCAUAUUCGCAUACAAGGACAUCCCCGUCGACGUCCAAGAGAUCAACGAUACCGAACACCCCGUCAAGGUCGGCAUCAGCGACGCUUACCUCACCGAUAAAAUUGUCUUCUACGUCCGUCGCAAGACGAUCUACGAGUACCACCGCGUCUCGUUCAAGGACCAUCUGAUCGGCAACAACACGCUGCUGAAGAUCGUGGCGCUACCCACCUGCCUGCAGUACGACGCGUGUGACUCCUGCCUCAACCACCGCACCGGGUUCAAUUGCACGUGGUGCCCGCAAAUACAGAAAUGUUCGAGCGGUACAGAUCGUAACAAGCAAGACUGGCUGCUCAGGAAAUGCGAGAAGACGACGAUAGUGAACGCGACGAUGUGCGCGGCGGGGGGCGCGGGCGGGGCCGCGGGCGAGGGCGCGGGGGGCGCGGGCGGUGGCAACACCGCCUACACGACCGACACGCAGCCAGCCAAGCACGACACCGUCAUCAACACACCGGCGGAUGUCCCGAAGCCGUCGGCGAGCAGUGAGCCGACGGUGGUGGCGGCGGGCGCCGGGGGCGCGGGAGGCGCGGGGGCGCGCUCCCCGCUCGGGGGCGCGGUGGCCGCCUUCGUCUCCGUCACCCUGCUGUGCUGCGCCGCCGCCUGGCUGCUCUACGCAUUCAAGAACCCGCACACGCGCAGCGGACAACUGCUCAUCAAGUACCGGCCGUCGCAGUGGAACUGGCGUCGCGGCGAGGCGCGCUACACAGCCGCUACCAUCCACAUGUAGAGACAGCGACACACACACGCGCAACACGAGCUAACACUCACCCACGCCUGCAACACACGACAAUUAUAAACAAUCACACAUUUGAAAGCCCUCGGGCUAAAUAGAACUUGUUAAAUUCGAAGUAUUUCGGCUAACGAAAAAUUGUUAAACGAUGCAACGGUUUACUCAAAUCAAAAUAAGAGUCCUUAAUAGAAGCUGACGCGGCGGGCGAGCGGUCGGGCAGUUCUGAUAAAUACGCGUGAGUAAACCGUUGCAUCAUUUCAUAAUGAAUUAUUCUCACGAUAGUUACUAUCAAAAUAACGAAAUUCUUUAUAGUGAAAGUUGAAAUCCUAUUUUCGUAGGGUUGUAGUAAAACCCGGUAUCAGUUUAAACCGUUUUGCCGACCUCUGACGUAAUUUCAAAUAUUCAAAUUCAAAAUCUCUUUGAAUUUAGCCGCUAAUGUUCGAAUUAAACUUGAUCCAUUGAGUCUCGAGGGGCUUUAACUAACCCCGCUAUAUAAAAAAAUCAAAAUCUGUCUACCCGUUCCUGAGGUUUGACGUCGCAAGAAAUACCCACGCUAAACUAAAUAGCUUCUUUUUUUAUUGGGGUUAAAACUAAGACGACCCAGUUUAUAUCACCAAAAUGAAAUUAUAAAUUAAUAUGUAUUAAUAAAAAGCGUCUUAUACUUAUGAUAGUGACAGUAUUUAUACUAUAUAUGAAUGACUAAAACAUAUGAAAAUUAAAACAGGGUCGAUAUACAUUGAGAUAGAAAUUAUGUAUAAAUAGUUUAUACAACAUUUGUAAAUUCAUACGUUUAUACAAAAUUUUUGGAUUAACACGAAUAUCGUUAGUGUCUUUUAGAAUUUAUUGUUCACGCCUUAUAUGUGUAGUUUAGGUAUAUAUACACAGUUUUUAGUACAUGGGCACGUCAAUUUGCCACAUGUUCGAUGCGCAUACUGUUCUUAAACAAGAAAAACAUGUAUUUAUUUAAUUUCGAAAACGUUUUUUGGCUAAUUCCAGUCAUAUUUUGAAAAUCGCUUCUGAACAUUGUGUUAUGUACGCAUUCACAAGCCCUUUGAAUAAACAUUCUCAAAGGAAGCAAAAUAUAUAUAUCGUGUUGUUUGAUAUUUAGUUGGUUCACUUUAAUUCGGAAGCGAUUUUUAUGAUAUGACCCGAUUUCUUAAGGUUUACUCCCGGUACUGUUUCAUUUCUAAUUAGAUUCUGUUUCUCGGUAUUGAAAUUGUAUCAACGAGUGGUAGGUCUAUCGAUUCCUGAUACUUCACGAUUAGGCGCUAGUGAUCGAGAAACGAUAAAUCGAUUUGAUAUCGAUUUCGUCCUCUGGAACACUGGAACCAGGUGACAAAAUCGAUUAAAAGGAACUUGAUUCCAUCGGGAGUAAGCCUCCAGUGUCAAAACGCGUUGUUCAGUGUCCCGUGUAUGAUUUUAUUCACGUUGUCUCGAUUUUUACUACCAUCAUGUUAUAAUUUGUAAUCGAUUCGUUUAUAAUGUUGGUUUAUUGGUUGUGCAAGCUUCGGCCGCUCAGUGUUGUGUUGCGCAUGUCUCAGUGAGGAGAUGCGGUUGUUCCAACCAUCUAACUUAUAGAACAAAUUAUUCAUUACAUAUAUCUUAUACGAAGUUGAAAUUUAUUAUUUACAAACUUUUUUUUAUCAAAAUUCUAUAUUAUCGAAUGUUAUUUUGUACAAAUUGUUAUUUUUAUAUUUUGAAUCGUGUCAGAUUAUAUACGAUAUAUAUAAAUAUGUGAAAUUAUGUUUGUGUUCUAUAAGUUAGUUUGGGACGCGUCGUGUAUAAAACGUUUGUUAUAUGAAUCUAUGUGCCUUUUGAGAGUUCCGUAAUAUGAAGGCUCCGUCCUGUGUCGUUUGAUUAGUAUUUUAGUUAAAAGUAACGUAACCCACUCGAAUCAUAGGAACAGAUAUCUUAACUAUUGUCAAAAAUAAGCAAAUUCAUAAAAAUAAUCUCAUCAGAGUUUGGCUGCCAGAUUUAAUAUAUAGAAUUCUCGUGUCACGGUUGUAAACAUAUUUAAUAGGUCUGAGAAUUUGAGAGUAUCUAUUUUUCAUACCCCAUUUUUUUUUAUUAUAUAUAACUUAUUUGUAAAGCAAAACAACGUUUGCUGGGCCAGCUAGUUUGCUUAUAGUUUACGUGAAGUAAAACACAAUAAACUCCAAAUUGUAGCACACGUA